UUGUCGCGAAUGUCAAGAUGUCCCACAUAUUGCCACCUCACAUGGAUUUCCCAAGUCUUGAAGAGACAACAGAUAAGAUUGUAAAUGAGUUGAAGUCAAGAGGUAUUUUUGACUCGUUUCGAAAAGACUGCCUGGCUGAUGUUGAUACCAGGCCUGCAUACCAGAACCUGCGACAGCGUGUUGAGAAUACUGUCACCACGUUCCUGGGCAAGCAGAAAUGGACGCCCGGCAUGAACCGGAACCAGUUACGGGAAAGGCUGCGAAAGCACCUCACAGAGUCUCGGUUUCUGGAGAUCGGCGUGGAUCGCAUUGUAGACCAGGUGGUCGACAGAAACAUCUACAGCACCUACAUGCCGCAGAUCCACCAGCUGGUCAAUGAAACUCUCGAUGUCAAGGACGAAAAAGAGAAAGUCGACGACGACGUAGAGAUGGAGGACGUGGCAGUGCCGCUGGCUGACGGCAACACGUUCGGCACGUGGGCCAACCAGUUCCACGCGCGCGCGCCCGAUCCGCGCCCGGAGCGGGCAGGCGGCGCUGGCGACAGCUCUAUGUCCAUCUCAUCGGUGUCCAACGAGUCGGCGCACUCACCGAGUGAGGCCGACAGUCCUGACAUUCGCGCCCAGAUGAGCCCCCUCUCCGACGACGGCAAGCAGGGCUGGGGCUCAUUUCUGGGCAAGGCCGACGGCCUCGACUUCAGCGGUAUCAUGCACCGCGUCGACCGCAUCGACCCGGCCAUCGAUCAGAUGAUCAAGCUGGAGCUGGAGACAGAGGUCAAGGAGAGCGAGCUGAGCAAGCGCAGCAGCUCCAACAACUCCAACAUGUCGCUGGACGACGGCGAGGCGGCCAACGCGCGGCCGCCGCUCGACCUGCACAGCUUCGUCGGCCCGCCGGAGGACACGGAGGAGAGCCAGGACGGUGCGACACGGCGCGCCGUCGAGCUGCCCGGCCACCGGCACAGCCGCGGCGCGCCGCGGCCGCCGCGCGACGAGUACCGCGACCGCGACCGCGACCGUGCGCGUCGCGACCGCGACCGCGACCGCCACGACGACGACCGGCAUCGGCGCGAGCGGGACCGCGAUCGGGAGCGAGAGCGAGACCGGGACCGUGAACGCGACCGAGACCGGGACCGGGAUCGGGAUCGGGACCGUGAUCGGAAUCGGAACCGGGAUCGGGACCGUGACCGCGAUCGGGACCGGGACCGACGCGAUCGCGAGCGUGACGAUCACGAACAGCAACGCGAGCGCGGUCGGCACUACCAGCGGCGUGACCGCGACGACGAUGGCGCGGCCGACCACCGGGCGCCGGCGGGCCGUAGCGGCGGCGGCCGCGGCCACUAUUGCCGCGGCCAGGGCCGGGAGGAGGGGCGCGGCGGCUCGGGCGGAUCUGGCCAACGCCACCACAGUUACGGCAGCAGCAGGAACGAGCGAGUGGCCGGGGAGGGAGAUGCGCUGCACGAUGACACACUGGCCGUGGAGGUCGAGAACGAGGCCCAGACGGAGGUCAAGCCGGAGGUCAGGGCGGAGGUCAAGGUGGAGAUCAAGACGGAGGAGAAAGCGAAGGCGAAGGCGGGGGUGAAGAUGGUCACGAAGUGUAGGGCGACGGUAGGGAAGGGUGAGGAGCCGUUGGGCAAGAGGGACUCUGUGGGCGCGAGCACAUCGUCGUUGGCACGGAAGAGGUCGUCUGGGAAUUCGACCUCAUCCAGCGACACCAAGGCUUCAGAAGACGGUAAACCCUCCUCCGACCGGGAGGCGGUGGAAAGGAGGCCGCCACUAUCUAAAAAGUCUGGAUUAACGUCUGAAAGUAGGACGUCAUCCUCCAGUAGGCUUAGAUCGUCUUUGGACAAGCCGUCCACAUCAUCAUCGUCAUUGAACAGGCCAUUAAUGUCUAUCAAGAUGGAUCGUCCGAUGAGCAACAAGGAGUCACAUUCUAGCAAUAAAUCGGUGCUUGCAGAAAAGCCAGCUGCUUCAAGCAAACUGUCAUCGUCAUCUGGCAUUGGGUCAUCCUCUUCAAAGAAGUCCGAGUUAUCAAAACCAAAACAUCGCACGAAAACAUCUACCGACCGAGAGCAGUCGCAGUCAGGGAAAGCGACUGUGUCAUCUGUCGAAAAGCCCCACGCAAACAGCGCCGUACCAAGUCUCACCAUCAAGUUUUCAUGCAUUAAGUCCACGCCAUCAUCAUCUGGCACAAAAUCUUCAUCCCACGCCAAAUCUGCAUCUUCACCUGUCAUUCGCACCCUCCCCGCGACUAAACCCGAUUCAUCUGCCGUCUCAACCGCCGCGCUGCCCGGCCCGGACGCCAAGGACCGCAUGGCGCUGCUGAUGGAUAAGUAUGCGCCGCACCUGCGCGAUCGGUUCCGGCGCGCGGCGGCCAAGCCGGCGCGGCGGCACGCGUACCACGGCGAGCGCGAGCGGCCGGUGUCGCCAUCACGGCGGCCGGCGGUGCGGCAGCUACGACGCGCGUUGGCGGAGCCGGACACGCUGUCAAUCAGCUCGGUGGAUACGGCUGAUCUGUCCGACUUCGACGACCGACUGGAGCUGGAGCUGGAGCUGACGCCUCCGGAGCGCGCUGCCUUGCUGCGCAUCGGCUGGCGGCCGGCGCCCGACGACGAGCCACUCAUCGAGCUGUGCGACGGCGAGGACAGCGUCGAUUCGGGCUUCAACCGCUCGGACGCGUCGUCAUCGGCGUCGGCCGGCUCGGCAGCGCGACUGGCGGCGCCCGACGCCGAGCCGACGCCCGAGCCAGCGUCGGGCCGCCGCCGCCGUAAGGUCGACUACAUCGCGCUCAACUCGGGCUUGGACGGCGAGGCGGCGCUUGACGGCGAGGAGUGGCACGCUAGCGACAAGGAGAACCUGGACGGCCUGACGCGGCUGCGCGACCCAGGCGCCGCCGGCGACUCGGUCCGGAUCCGGCCCAACCUGACGAUAUGA